CUGACUUUGUUUACAUUUAUAAAAACGUUCAAGACGCGUGAAGUUUUUUAUUCUUGGGCUGCAGAAAAUCUCAAAAAUUUUUCAAAACAACACUUUUAAAACCAGACAAAUUUAUUUAAAAAAUGUCUUCAUCUGUACAUUGUCAACUAUGGAUGGGAAGUUUGGAGGGCUAUAUGACGGAAAAUUUCAUCAUAGCUGCCUUCCGUAAAAUGGGCGAAGAUCCCACAACAGUUCGCCUAAUGCGCAACAAAUAUACAGGUGAACCGGCUGGUUACUGUUUUGUCAACUUUGCCACCGAUGAGAGGGCCAUGGAUGCAAUGCAUAAAUUAAAUGGUAAACCUAUACCAGGCACAAAUCCCAUUGUAAGAUUCCGCUUAAACAGUGCCAGUAAUUCGUAUAAAUUGCCCGGAAACGAAAGAGAAUUCAGUGUUUGGGUAGGAGAUCUUAGUUCGGAUGUCGAUGAUUAUCAAUUGUAUAAAGCAUUUUCUCAAAAAUACACUUCCAUCAAAACGGCCAAGGUUAUAUUAGAUGGUUCGGGAUUUUCUAAGGGUUAUGGUUUUGUACGCUUUGGAAUAGAAGAUGAACAAAAGUCGGCUUUGUAUGACAUGAACGGAUAUACGGGUUUGGGCUCGAAGCCCAUUAAAAUUUGUAAUGCUGUGCCGAAACCGAAAAAUGAACUGGGUGUAGCUUUGGGUACCACUAGCAAUUAUGGCUAUGGUGGUUCCACAAAUGUAGGGGCUACUACAGCGGCAGAUUAUACCCAGUAUUAUGAUCCCACCAGUACUUAUUGGCAGGGCUAUAAUGCCUGGCAAAAUUAUUACGAUCCCACUGGUGCUGCUGCCACUGACCCCACUAGUGCCUAUUAUCAACAGAGUAUGGCUCAAUCACAUUCAAAUCCCCAGACAUUAGCUCAACAUGCCGAGGCUUGGAGUGCUCAACGUAGUGCCCAAUAUGAACAACAAACUGCUGCAGCGGCCGCUUCUUCAAAUGGUGGUGCUGCUGCCGAUGAAGAUGAUUAUGCUUUGGUUGAACAUAAAUAUACCUUAGAUGUGGAUAAGUUGAAUCGAGAAGCUCUUGAUUCUGAUCGUAAUUUAUAUGAUGCUUUAGAAAGUUCCAAAUGGUUACCUUUAGAACAGUUGGAAGCUUAUUAGGAAAUUAGUUUUUUUAAGAUUUUGUAUUAAGAUUUCAUUAUAUUACAUUUCUAAUAUGUAUUGCAAUUAAAAUGAUAAAAUAUUUGGUUUGUAUUUCUGAUUAUGUCUGAAAAUACGCAAUAAAUAUGAAAAACUUAAAA